AUGCUUGUCGCGUCGACCGCCGCCGCUUCGGUCUACAACGAGUCCAUCGACGGCGAUCUCUCCGGAGAUCGCUUCAACCCCACGAUGAUCAGCGUCGACAACGGCCUCAACACCGUCACGAUGCAGGUCGUCGAUUCCGCACUCCCAGGAGGGGAUCGUGAUUACUUCACCUUCUCCAUCGGUGCGGGACAGUCGAUCGACUCGAUCGUCGUGACCGACGCGUUCAACCCAGCCGGCGGCUUCGACAGCACGGCGUUUGUCGGUCUCGCGUUCGACAACAUUUUCGAUUUCGAUCCCGAUACCUUUGUUGGUCCAGGUUUGGAGGGAUUCGUGCUCACUGAUAUGUCGGUCGUCGGAACCGAAUCGAUCGGUGCGUUGACCGGCGGUCUGACCUCGCUCGGAGCCGGGGAUUACUCCUUCUGGGUCCAGCAGACUGGUGAAGACAUCACCGAGCUCUCGCUCGCGAUCAAUGUCGUUCCAUCCCCAAGCGCUAUGGGUGUCCUCGCGUUGGGUGGUCUCGCCUCUAUGGCCUCCGUGUUUCUUUCAAUGGAGCGAAUCAUGUUGAGCAAACGAGUCGUGUUGACUGGGAUGGUGUUGGGAGCAUUGGUCGUUGGUUCAGCGAUGACGGGAUGCGCCUCGACAGGGAUCGCCGUGCGCGAGACCUUGGGAACUCCCAAGCGUGAGCAGCUCGUCGAUCGAGUCGACGAGACACGCGAUGCUCAAGAGAACGCGAAAGAGCAGUUCGCGACCACACUCGAUGAACUCAAGUCCCUCACCAACUUCGAUGGCGGCGAACUCGAAGACGCGUACUCACGACUCAAGAAGCAGUACGAGCGUGCUGAAAGCCGCGCUGACAAGGUGUCAUCCAAGAUCAAGUCCGUUGAGCGUGUGGGCGACGCGUUGUUCGAGGAAUGGGAAGAGGAGCUCGAAGAGUACUCGACCGAAUCGCUCCGCAGCGCCUCGGAGCAGCAGCUCGACGAGACACGCCGAGCGUUUAACAGCGUGCUCCGCGCGAUGAAAACCGCGGAAUCGAAGAUGGGACCGGUCCUUGCGGCGUUCGGAGAUCAGGUGCUGUUCCUCAAGCACAACCUCAACGCACGAGCCAUCGCAUCACUCGACGACACGCUUGUUGAGCUUGAAGAAGAGAUCGCACAACUGAUCGCGGAUAUGGAAGCGUCCAUCGAUGAAGCGAACUCGUUCAUCGACGAGAUGGGCAGUUGA